UCAGAGCCCCGGAGCGCGAAGGUGGCCCGAACUCCCGCCAAAUACAAGCGAGGGAGCCUGGUUGGACGGCGAGCGGGAAGGGUCAGAAGGGGAAGGCUGGCUCAAAGUAAGGCAGAAGACGCGGGGAAAAGCCGGAAAGAAGGACGAAGGAAGGAGAAGGGCUUCCUAUGCGGGGAGCGGAAGGCAGGAAGAGCCUGGGAUGCUUCCUCCCGCCUUUUGAGGGGAGAAGCCGGCCAGGAAGGAAGAAAGACCUUGGUGAGGUGAGCUGGGGGAAGAGCGGAAAGAGAGGCCUGGCCUGUUGGAGUAGAAAGACCUGCGGGAAAGGGAUAAUUAUUCAGAACAAUACGAAUGAACAAUGGAGUGUCGAGACAAAUCGGCCACUCCAGGCCGGAAACUGAUUCAAGCCCGACUGCCUUUUAAACGCCUGAAUCCGGUGCCAAAGGAGAAACCGGAUGGAAACCAGGGAGCCAAGAAAGCCAGGAACUCUCCAAAUGUCCUGGAUCAAAACACAUUUUGUGCUGACUUGUCACCAGACAAUGUGGAGAAUGGCUGUGAGGCAGAAAGCGAACCCCAGUUUGUUUCGAAACUUAUUAAUGGCAAGGGUCCGCUCGAUGUCUUUGUUCAGAAAAGUCCCAAAAACAAAACGAGUGAGCCCUUGCUCGUCAUUGACUUGAUGGGAGAUUCAUGCCACAGACUGAAGGGUAGCGCAGAACGCGUAGCAUCAGGCUGCGGAGCAAAGGAAGCUUUGGAGGAGGUGGGAAAUCAGGCCGGAACGCCAGAGUCUUCUUGCAGUGCCCCCGAGGAUAUUCAGAUGGAAACCUCUCCUGUUCCGGCAGAGAAGGAUGAACCAUUGAGUGCGAUGGUGUCCAAAAUAGGGACCCACAGCGCCAAGCAACGCAAGUUCAAAAAUAUAAUCUUUGAAAGGAAGUUGCCUGUGGUUGUUCUGGAGGACAUCAUGGGGAGGUCGCCCCAAGCCUUCCCAUUGGAAAGGAGUUUGGCUUCGGAAACGAUGGAGUCUGGCGCUGAAGAGGACACAGCGGGGACAAGCUCUUCGCUCAGCUCCCUGUCUCUUGUCAGUUCCCCAGAAUCUCUCGCCACACGGAAGGACACACAUGUGAGCCCCUUAGCAGCAUCGACGCCAGCUCGGAAGAAGACCCACCAAAGUGCUGAGGAGAAGGAGAAACUGAGGCAGCAGAAGGAUCAGGAACGAGCGGAGAAAGGGAGGCUGAAAGAGGAGGCUAAGGCAGCCAAGGAACGUGCCCGGGAGGAGGCCAGGAGGAAGAAGGAGGAGGAGAAGGAGCUGAAGGAGAAGGAGAGGAAGGAGAAGAAGGAAAAGGACGAGAAGGAGAAGGCGGAGAAGCUGCGGGUCAAGGAGGAGAAGCGGAAGGAGAAGCAGGAGGCACUGGAGGCAAAACUGGAAGAGAAGAGAAAGAAAGAAGAGGAGAAGCGGUUGAAGGAAGAAGAGAAAAGGUUGAAGGAAGAGGAAAAGCGCAUCAAAGCGGAGAAGGCCGGAAUCACCAGGUUCUUUCAGAAGCCAAAGACACAGCCUGUGCCAAAGACUCUGGCUGGCUGGUGUGGGAAGUUUGCCCCCUUUGAAAUCAAAGAGAACAUGGUGCUUGCCCCUCUCUGCCGUGCGGCCAUCGAUCCAGACCUCUUGGACCACUUUGAUUCGCUUUUGCAAGCCCAGGAUGCCAGCACUACUUUCUUAGAGGAACUGAAGGGCCGGGAGCCUUUCAGAUCAGGUCCCACUCUUGUUGCCGAUGACAUCAGCAGUGAUAUGGUUGUCGUUAUGGGCAGCAGCCAAGCUGGUGAUGUGCCCGAACGAAAGGCCUUUGGCCGGAUGAAGCUGCUGCAGUUCUGCGAGAACCACCGGCCGGCCUAUUGGGGCACCUGGAACAAGAAGUCCCCUUCAAUCCGCCCGCGGAACCCAUGGUCGAAGGAUGAGAAGCUCUUGGACUACGAAGUGGAGAGCGAUGAAGAAUGGGAAGAGGAGGAGCCCGGAGAGUCCCUCUCUCAUAGCGAAGGGGAUGAUGAUGAAGAGGGCGGAGAGGAGGAGGAUGAAGACGAUGGCUUCUUUGUGCCCCAUGGCUACCUCUCAGAGGACGAAGGCGUGACUGAAGAAUGCGACCCCGAGAACCACAAGGCCCGCCAAAAGCUGAAGGCCAAGGAGUGGGAUGAGCUCAUCACCAAGGGGAAGAGGUUCCGGGUCCUGCAGCCGGUGAAGGUGGGCUGCAUUUGGGAAGGGGCCGAGGACGGUGAAGGCAUAAACCCAGAUGCAAGGCUCCUCUAUCAGUUCGCUGUGGUCACCCUGGAUUCGAGUCUCGCCGACGAAGAGCAGAUGGAGAAGAAUAACAAGAAGAAAACAAAGAACCAACAAAUUUUGGGACAGUUGCUGCCCCUGCUUCACGGGAACGUCCAUGGGAGCAAAGUCAUCAUCCAGGAAUUCCAGGAGUGCUGCCGCAGGGGCCUGUUGCUGGGAAACGAUAACCCCAUGUCUGUGGCGAGCGGCAGCAACAAUGGCCCCCCCAGCCCUGAGACCCUUGCGGCGGCUCCGAUCUCUGUCCCUUCCAAAACCAGGCUGAAGCGCAUCAUCUCUGAGAACUCUGUGUACGAGAAGCGGCCCGAGCGCCGGAUGUGUUGGUACGUCCAACCGGAAGUGCUGAGGAGCUAUGGCCGGGAGGACCUGCCUGUCCCUUGCCGGUGGGAAUACAUCACACAGGUCCCAGCAGGGAACAAGGAGGAAAGUGGGAACUCGCCCAACAGCACGAUGGCAGCGGCGUCAACAACACAGACGACUCCGCUCUCAGCUAAACGGAGACAGAUGGGAAGCAUGUCCAUCACAAAAUUCAUGAAGAGGACACCAGGUGCUGGGCAGGCUGAAACUGCAGAGAUGGAUGGGUUUCAGGCAGACACGGAGGAAGAUGAUGACGACGAUUGCGUUAUUGUGGACGUGGAUCCCAGCAAAGCAACCGACCCGAAGCCCUCAGAAACCUUUCCAAAGACGGAGCGAACGGACGGGAUUGCAGCCCCCUCUUCUGGUGCGGCUUGAACUCCUGUGUGCCUUCCUGUUGCUCUGUAUGUAUGUAGAAUUCUUGUAGUCCCUUGUAAAACCCCUGUGUAUCCCUUUAUGUGUAUGAGAUACUUGAACAUUCUCUGUGUUCCUUGUAAAGAGAAGACAGCACUUUGUUCGGCGGCAGAAGACCUUUUUCUUAGACGCUUUAGUUGGGGAUGAUGGGAGGGACAGGUUUUAGGUGAAGAGAAUCUGCAACUUAUACUCUUUAAUAAAAGCAUUAUUGAUUUUCUGGAUGGACCCUGUAA